AUGGAGGAAAACAGAAGCAUUACCUUCCUUUCUGCGUCCUCUGAAGCAGACGAAGAAAUGCCGAAUUUUUUCUCAAAAGAACCAAAACCCUUAAUUUCAACCAAUGUUUAUGUUUGCUCAAAAUCCAGAUCAAAUAUUAUAAUGAUUGAUUGAACUGACAAUAAAAUAAACAAUUCCAGCAGAUUCGAACAAAGAAACUCGAAUUUUAUGGCCUUAGACCCAAUGAAUCUUAUGAAAAGAAACGAAAAUUAUAGUGUCAAACUAAGGAAAGACCAGAGAACAGAUUUUUUUCAAAAGAAAAGGCUUAGAUUAGAUGAUAGAACUGAAGAAACAGAAGAUGAAAAUGAAAUAAAUCUUAUCAAAAAAAUAAAAUUGAUAUCGGAAUCAAACCCUAUCAGAAAAAUAAAAGAUAGAUCAGAUUCAAAUUUUAUCAGAAAUAGGAAAUGCAGUGAAGAUGACGAAAUAGAAUCAGAAUCAGAAUUAGAGAUAAUCUUAUCAGAAAAAUAA